AUGGCUGACGAAAGCCGGGGCCAGCAGCCGGCUCUCGGGUCAGGCUCUCAGACCCCUCCAUCUCCGCCCUCCGCCCCCGUCCGCAAGACCGGUCGCUUCCGCCGCUUCCUGCUCUACCUGCUCCUUACCUCCGGUCUUGCCUACGGUGGGGGUGUCUUCCUUGCCCUGAAAUCCGACAACUUCCACGACUUCUUCACCGAGUACAUUCCUUACGGAGAGGAAGCUGUUCUCUACUUCGAGGAACGUGACUUCUACCGUCGGUUCCCGAACACCUUGAAGUCGCACAACCCGUUCCGCACUACUCCCCCGGAAGAAGGCAACAAGGUUACGAUCCCCAGCAAGAGCGGGCUUUCGUCCAAGGUUGCGGAGGAAGACACCGGAGCCGAUGUCUCUCGGAAGGGCCCUCACAUGAGUGCUGCCGAAGCCCAGAAGGCGGGCGACGAAGCGCAGAUCAAGCCUGCUGCGGUUACGCCCGAGAACAAGACUGCUGCUGUCCAAAAGGCGAAGGUCGACAAGGCUGCCAAGGACCAGGGAUCCACGCCCACGGAAAAGAAGGCUGAUGAAGCCAAACAACCUGCUGUGACACCUCUGGAGUUCGCGCAAGUGAAGGAAGGUGACGAGGCCAUCGUACAGGAGCUGGUCAAGACUUUCAACGACAUCAUCACCGUCAUCAGUGCGGACGAAGCCGCCGGCAAGUACACCGGCCCGGUCCAGAAGGCUAAGGACGAACUCCAGAAGAUUGGGGAGAAGAUCAUUGCUGUUCGGGAGGAGGCCCGCCGUGCUGCUCAGGACGAGAUCAAGCAGGCCCAUGAGACUUUCGACGAAUCGGCCCGUGAACUCAUCCGCCGAUUCGAGGAAGCUCGUGCUGCUGAUGCCGCUCAAUACCGCGAGGAAUUCGAGAUGGAGCGCGAGAAGCUGGCUCUUGCCUACCAGGAGAAAAUCAAGACGGAGUUGCAGCGGGCCCAGGAAGUCGCUGAACAGCGUCUCCGCAACGAAUUGGUUGAGCAGGCCAUUGAGCUCAACCGCAAGUAUCUGCAUGAAGUGAAGGACUUGGUUGAGCGGGAACGCGAGGGCCGUCUGAGCAAACUCGACGAACUGACGUCCAACGUCAGUGAGCUGGAGAAGCUCACUACUGGCUGGAGAGAUGUCAUUGACACCAACCUCAAGACCCAGCAGCUUCAGGUUGCUGUCGAUGCUGUUCGCUCCGUUCUUGAGCGUUCUGCCGUUCCCCGCCCGUUCGUCCGUGAGCUUGUUGCCGUCAAGGAGCUUGCUGCCGAUGACCCGGUUGUCGAUGCCGCCAUCGCCUCCAUUAACCCUACGGCUUACCAACGUGGCAUCCCCUCUACCGCCCAGAUCAUCGAGCGGUUCCGUCGUGUGGCGGAUGAGGUCCGCAAGGCCAGCCUUCUUCCCGAAGACGCCGGUAUUGCUAGCCACGCCGCCAGCUUGGUAUUGAGCAAGGUCAUGUUCAAGAAGGAUGCUGUCGCUGGCAGCGAUGAUGUCGAGAGCGUCCUUGUGCGCACCGAGAACUUGUUGGAAGAAGGCAACAUCGAUGCUGCCGCUCGUGAGAUGAACAGCCUGAAGGGAUGGGCGAAGAUCCUGAGCAAGGAUUGGCUCGCCGAAGUGCGCAGAGUCCUUGAAGUGAAGCAGGCUCUCGAGGUAGGAUUCCCCCGGUUGGUCCUGGGUGUGAUUGAAACUGAGGCUCGUCUUCAGUGCCUGAGGGUCGAGUAG